CAACCUACAAGAUGAUAGUACAAACACCUUAUUAAAGUGCCAUACUGCCAUGGCUGAUGGCUCUGUAACUGGCCAUGCUCUUCCUUCCCCUUCCCAAGAAAAAUCAUUCAGGAUUCACCAUAUAGGCAACAGGGCACGCUGCCCUCCUGAACCCCUCACCAGACUCCUCACCUGAAAAUGGCGUUCAGAAGCCCCAGCUGCCAUCCUCAUCUAGCUUCUUCCUCCGUGGUCACCUCCGGCCCGAGGUUCGGCGCAAGGAAGCCGGCGGCAGCCCUGAGCUUCAGGAGUUCUGCAUCCCAUGGCUGCAACUCAUCGUCCCCACACCUCUGCUCUUCUGCAGCAACCGGCAACAAGGUGAGAGGGAUCGUGUGCUACAGGGAUGACAAGGGGGAGCUCGUCUGCGAGGGCUAUGACGAAGGCCCGAGGCUCGGAAUGCGGCUGCCGGAGAAGGCCUGCUUUCCAUGGCCUGUGGGAAUCCAGGUCACCGAUUUCAUCCACCUCGCGACGCUUCGGGUUUUCGAGGACGGCGCCGACGACGUUCUUCUGAGCAAGAACGAUCAGAAGUGGCAGCUCUGAAUUGAUCAAGGGGUGGGGGGCCGGGCACCGAUCAAGUGAGAGCAAUAAUUGGAAUAACCGGAAGCACAGCCAUGUGUGCCGAAUGCCCUGCUUAACGAGCAGUGAUAUUUCAUUCUGCAAACAGCCUGGUUAAAUAUCACCCGAAUUACUUGUGUUUUGCUUUACUUGUACUAGCACACGAAUCAGUUAUAAGACAGUGACGAUCUUUCUAUACGGAAAUGGUUAGAAAUGUCUCUGAAAGGGUGAGAUCUUGAUACUACUUGUGUCGAUGAAAAGAUAGAUGAGGAGAUCCGAAUAUCUGAUGGCUGCAA